UCUUUUCGCCACUCUCUAAACCGCGAGUCCGCAAGACCGCAGACCUAAAAUCAAUAUGCAGAGGAUCGAUGGCGACGGAAGCGGCUCCCGCAUUGAUAAGCCAUGGACUCCGCCGUUUUGCACGAUUCUUGAUGCCGAAACAACCAGCUUCUCCUACCUCGCCUGUUCGAACUGCGAGCGCGUUCUCCCCACCGAUUCCUUGAUCAAUCCCCCAUCUUGCAAUGUUUGCAGACACAAAUACACUUCACCCACCGCUUCCAAGCGCCUCUACCGUCUCCUUCUCUCCGUUGCUAUCUCCGACAAAGUGACUCCGGUGAUGUGCUUCGACAGGGCAGCGCGAGUCCUCGUCGGAUGCUCGGCUGAUGAACUCUUCAACUUCUGCAAAUCUCAUCCUUUUGCCGAGGAGAAGAUGGGGGAGAUAUUGGAGGGAGAGAUGUUUCAGAUGACUUUGUGUGAGCCAAAGAACGGCAAUGCGCAGCAUUUACGGGCUGUUUCUGUUGUCCCAUUGCGCACUGGAUUCCGUCCGGCUAUUCACACUCUUCGUCUUCUCUAUGGCGUCGAUGACUACCACCGAAGUUCAAAUUAGAGAAUUCCAAGCUCCUUCCCGUACUGUUUGCUCUCUUCUCCCUUACCACCUUUACCACAUUAGGUUAUUAGGUAAAGAAAUUCGGUGUUGUUUUCCAUUCAAAUGGAGAAUAAGAUGUUAGCUGUGUUCUGGAUAG